GAGGGGGGGCCGGGCCGCCGCCGCCGCUGCCGCCGCUUCGUGGCCCUGCCGAGGGCUGUCCGGACGCCGGAGCGGGACCCCGGAGGGGCCGGUGAGGGGCCGCCGCGCCCGCCGACAAGAUGCCGGAGUUCCUGGAGGACCCCUCGGUGCUGACCAAAGACAAGUUGAAGAGCGAGCUGAUCGCCAACAGCGUGGCCCUGCCGGCGGGGGAGCAGCGCAAAGACGUCUACGUGCAGCUCUACCUGCAGCACCUCACGGCGCGCAACCGGCCGCCCCACGCCGCCGGCCUCAACAACAGGGGCCCCCCCGACUUCUCCAGCGACGAGGAGCGGGAGCCCACCCCCGUCCUCGGCGCCGCCAGGAGCCGCGCCGCCGGCAGGAAAGCCACAAAGAAAACUGAUAAGCCCAGACCAGAGGAGAAAGAUGAUCUAGAUGUAACUGACCUCACUAAUGAAGACCUUCUGGAGGAACUGGUGAAAUACGGAGUGAACCCUGGUCCUAUUGUGGGAACCACCAGGAAGCUGUAUGAGAAAAAGCUGCUGAAGCUGAGAGAACAAGGUCCCGGAUCAAGGUCGUCCACACCUCUUCCAACAGUUACUUCAGCAGCAGAAAAUACUAGACAGAAUGGAAACGAUGACUCUGAUCAGUACAGUGACAAUGAAGAAGGGAAGAAGAAGAAAGAACCCAAGAAAGUGAAGUCCACUAGGGAUUCUGUCCCUAUUUCUGAAUUUUCAACUCCUCCCUCUGGUGGAUUUUUUCAGUCAGUUUCUUUUCCUGCGGUCUCUUCCCGGCCUCCUUUGGGCUGGACAGAAUUGCAGACUAGCUCUCAGGCAGGUGAGAGCGUGCAUUCUUCUGAAAGAGACCCUCCCAGGGAGCCUCUCAGUUCUACAAGCUUACCCGGUACAGGCCAUGUAGAAGAAUUGGGGCAUGGGAGAGAUUUUUUCGGUUUUCCUAAAUUUAGCCAUGACAGGUUCAUGGGAACGAAUCUGUUGUCUACCCACCACGAUCUGGCUUCUUUGCUGGUUUCUGCUGCAGCUAAGACCUCACGCUCUCCUACGGUGGUGACUAAACCCACCCCUCCAAGCUUCACAAAGCAGAAGGAACAUGUUUUUUGUGGAGAGAUGGGUGGGCUUCAGCCAGCACCCCACGUAAGGUCAAGCAGUUCUGACCACUCGAUCGUUGCCAAAGAGUGGACUGGCUCAAGCGAACCUGAGAGCUCACAGAUGAUUUCUCCACCCCUUGCUCAGGCCAUUAAAGAGUAUGUAGAUUACCUCUUGAAACAGGGAGGAGCAGAUAGUUUGCCUGGGACUUCUAGGCAUAAGAUGACAGUCGACCCUACCGUUCCCCCUCAAAACCCUGAACUCCUCUGCUCUCCUCAAAAGCCUCCCAAGUUAAGUGAGAGACCAGCUGAAGAGGGGGGCUUAGCUGAUGUUUGUGCUUUUCAAGAUUCUCUGGUAGGUGAGCGAGAAGCACCUUCUGCCUUUGCUAAAAAUAUUAUAUCGCAAUCACUCACUACUUUGGGCAUCGAAUCAGCUAAGGGACUUCGGCAUGAGACGUUAGGGAGCUCAGUGCCGUCCUUUCCCCUACACGACUCCAUUGUAAGAGUCAUUCAUCAGGAAUGGAAUCAGAUUGAUAGGCCAUUUCCAUCUAUGUCCCACAAGUACCCCGUUUCUUCGAAAGAAGCAGUACAAUUAUUUUCAGUUCCCAAAGUGGACUAUGAAGUCCUGGAGCUAACAUCUGAGGCAGCUCAUCCAGCAGAUAAUAGGACAACUGCAACUGAUUCUUGUGAUAAGGAUGUUGAACUUGCCCUCUGUAGGGCAUAUGAGGCCGCAGCCUCAACAUUGCAGAUUGCAACCCAUUCUGCUUUUGUAGCUCGAGCUAUGCAAGCGGACAUUAGGCGUGUUGCGCAGCUCCUCAGCGCCGAUCCUAACCAGGUACCCGAGGCGCUUGGCAUAUUAAGCAAAACCUACGAUGCGGGUUCAUUCCUCUGUGAUGCUGCAUUUGAUGAAAUACAGAUGGCUGCUUGUGCCAUGGGCUCCUCUACCACUGGGCGUCGGCAUCUCUGGCUGAAGGGUUGCAAUAUUAAUUCAGCUUCUAAGAAGAAACUGGCAGUUCUGCCCUUCCGAGGGGGGACGUUAUUUGGCGGGGAGAUUGGCAAAGUGAUUAAAAAGAGAGGGAAUCGAAAGUGAUGAUAGAGAUGAGAGUUCAUGAGAUUGACUACUGUCCCACCUACUAUAUUAGUAUCCCAGAAGCUUGGCUAGGUACAUCCUUAUAGUACAGAUUAGUUUAAAACAUCCUUUGUUUUUUUAAUAGAGGAUGAAGAGCUUUUCAGGGCUUAGCUACAACCUUUUAAUUUUUUUUUGCAAUUUAUUGCCAGGUUACUGUUUUGUAAUAUAUCAAUCCAGGCACCUGGUCUUGCAGCCUAGGUAGAAGACAGGCUGGUAGAACAUUUGGGGAUAGGAAGCAUAUAUAAUUUUCACCUAAACACUUCAGCUCUACCAAUUUCAUUUCCCUAAUAUAAUUUUCUUCUUCUGCAAAACUGAGUACCAGUAGCAAGUUUGAUCUUUGAAAAACAAUCGUUAUAAAUGUCAGAGAAAUUUAAAAAUCAAAUAUGUCCUAAUUUUUACAAAUACAUGGAGACCAAAUUAAACUCGUAUAAAUAUUUGAUGCAAAAUUUCAUUAUUUUUCCCUAGAUUGUCUCCGAAUAGUGCUUCAAGCUUAACUGACGGUUUUUAAUUAUAACUGUGACUUCUGUUAAGCAAAAUUCACAGUUUUGAAGAUAGGCUUCAUGCUAUUUUGAAUUGUUUAAAGUAAUGAUAUACCUGUCUUUAGAAUUUCCCCUUGAAGGACUGAAAAGAACAGGGUUGUUUUGGGUGGGAGGGACAUUUUGGCUUUUUUGGAUGAAACAUCUCCCCCCAAAGCAUAAACAUUUUUAAGCUCAAAGUUUAAAAUUAACUUUUAAAUGCAUCUCAGUUUUAGGCGGGAAGGUAAGUGGAAUUCCAAAAAGAUAUUCAGACAGCUUUAUACAGAGGAGGGAUUUUUUUCUGUCGGUUUUCUGAUUGGCAGUUUGAAGAAAACUGAAGACACUAGGGGAAAAUUUAACGACAAUGUGCGUUAGGUAGUAGUUUCUAUACGAAAUUGGGAAUUGUGUGUUUUUAGGAGAAAAUAGGUAGCCUUAGGGCUGUGCAGUUUACUUUCGGGCUAGGCAGAGUACAGUGUUUGGGGAAAGGAUAAAGUCCUUACAGUCAGAUUCUUAUUCUUUUUUUCAUGAAGCUGGAGUUUAGGAGUAGGUGCAUUUUCAUAUAUCUCAAGCUAUGGGAGAACAUUAAUAAUGCAUAACACUGAAAAUCUAUUUACUUGGGUACGUACAACCCAAAGCUCAUUUUAUUUGUUUUUGGGGGGGAUUUUUUUCCCCACACUUACUACCUAGGAACUAUCUUUGUAUAUUUGAAAUCUUUAUUUCUAUCCUCUGAAUCCUCUCGUAUGUAUGUACUAUCAAAUGCUAUACAAACUGUAAAACUGUAGAAUGUUUCUGCAAAUUCAAUAAAGUCUCUAAAUUUGAAAAGAAAAAAAA